AUGUCCGUCCCGGAGUCUAAAUAUCUGAGCUCCGUCUGGCGAGAUGGCAUCUUCAAGGACCGCGUGGUGUUCGUGACGGGCGGUGCCGGCACAAUUUGCAGCAUGCAGACCAGGGCCUUGGUACGCCUGGGAGCCAACGCCUGCAUCAUCGGCCGAAGCGAGGGCAAGACCGAGCAGGCGGCCAAGGAAAUUGCCACCGUGAGGGCCGGUGCCAAGGUGAUUGGCAUUGGAGGCUGUGAUGUCCGCAAGCCCGAAAGCCUGCAGGCGGCGGCCGAUCGCUGUGCGCGCGAAUUGGGAGGCAUUGACUUCGUCAUCACCGCGUCACGGACGGACACGUACGCCCUACUGCCUGCCAACGCUGACGCGAAACCCCUCUGGUCUAGCGCCGGUGCGGCUGGCAACUUUGUCGUCUCGCUCGAGGGCAUGAGCCCCAAUGCCUUCAAGUCCGUCAUGGACAUUGACGUGCUCGGAACCUUCAACACCAUCAAGGCCACCAUCCCCCACCUCCUCCGCAGUCCCUCGCCGCGCAUCAUCUACGUCUCGGCCACUUUCCACUACACCGGCAUGCCGAUGCAGGCCCACGUGGCGGCCGCAAAGGCUGCCGUUGACUCUCUCAUGGCCUCGGUCGCGCUCGAGUACGGACCUCGUGGUGUUCAGAGCAACGUCAUCGCCCCGGGCGCCAUCGAGGAGACCGAAGGCGCCGCGAGGCUGCUGAGCUCCGAUCCGGACCAAGUCAAGGAGUACACGUCGACCAUCCCCUCGGGCCGCAUCGGGACCGUGCGGGACAUCGCCGACGCAACCGUCUUCCUCUUUAGCGACGCCGGAAGCUACGUCAACGGACAGGCGAUUCCGGUCGACGGUGCCGCCUGGCGGAGACAGGGAGCGGCGAGCAUCGGUGCCGACAAAUCGAUGCAGUACCCCAACUAUUUGCUCGCGGCGGCCGAUGAAGGACAGAAAUCAAAGUUGUAA